AUGGGAGUGGGGAUCAUUAUAAGGGACGAGGAGGGAGAACCUUUAGUUGUUGUCUGUGACCAAAGGAAUUAUGUGGAAGAUCCAGCAGUGGCAAAAUACGUGGCUUUGAGGAAGGCUUUGGAGAUAUGCAGUGAAUUAAACAUUCACAAUGCUAUUUUUGAAGGUGAUGCUAGGAAUGUUAUCUUGGCAAUCCAAAGGGAAGAAGAAGAUUUGUCAGUUUUAGGACCAUUGAUAGAGGAUGCAAAGUCUUUUUUCAGAAUUUAUAGAGAUUGGCAAUUGCAAUUUGCACAUAGAGAGAAAAAUACAGUGGCACAUUGUCUAGCAAAAACAGCUUUAGGUUUGCUAGAAAAAAUGGUUUGGAUAGAAGAUACGCCAGCCUUUGUAGCAAAGGGACUGGAUUUUGACAGAUCAUGUAACACAGAUUAUCAUCAAUGA